GGAGGCUCUACUGCGCAUGUGCAGUAAGAGUUCAAGAUGGCGUACAAUGAUGAGAGGCUCAUGGAACUGGACGAAAAAUUAUCUUUGAUGCUGAGGACGAGUCAUAAAAGCCGUCCGGAGAGAGACUUGAUUAAUCCAGUAUGGAGCUUUUAUACACGUACUGAUACUGACUGUGAAGAAAAUAAUCCAGACACUGAGUCUGAAGCUGAGCUUCACAUUGAAGCCUCCUCUCUUGACUCUCCUGCAUCCUCUCCUCUUCAUUCUCCCUCUUCUUCUUAUCAUUCUCCAAUGGGUUCUCCAAUGGAACCUCCUCAGGGUGCACCCUCUCCUCUGGGCAGCCUCUCUCCUCAGGGUGGUACUUCUCCUCGGGGCGGUUCCUCUCCUAAGGGUAGCCCUUCACCUCAGGGCGGACCCUCAGCUCAGGGCGGACCCUCAGCUCAGGACGGACCCUCUCCUCAGGGUAGCCCUUCAUCUCAAGGUAGUGCCUCUCCUCAAGGCCUUCAAUCUCCGCAGUGUAGCCUGCCCACUUCUCCUCACUCUGGGCCUCCUUCAGCCACAGCCUCACGAAUCAGUUCCUCUCCUACUGAACCUAUGGAGAAUGAACGUGAGGAAACCAAAGAGCAAGCUGUUUCUUCUUCUCCAAUAAAGCAACGACAGCAAGAGCGAAAGCAUCCCAAAUUAAGGAAGCCUGCAGAGUCUGGCGUGACGGAGGUCUGGUCUACAUCCGAUGAAGAUAUUUCAUCAGAGGACAAUGAGGGGCUCACUCCAAAGUCACGUCUACCUGAAGGACCCUCUUAUAAGAGAAGACACCACAGAUCACUUAUUAAUGAAACAGUCUCUCCUAAACAGCUUCAUUUGCAAAAUCGACGUUCAUUGUUUUCUCGCACUGACAUUAAGAACCUUGUUGCUGGCAUAAAUAGGAACUACACUUUUAGAGGUAGUAAGAGAGACUGGUCUAUGAUAAGACGCAAACAUGACUUAAUGCACAUAAGCUGUAUGUCUUUGAAGGACAAGUGGAGGAACCUUACUAAAUAUGAUCACGUAAAGCAGACAAGUGAUGGUCAGUGGAUCUUACAGAUGGAUUAACUCAUUAUGUACAUAACACUUGCAAUUUAAUAUUGAAGUAAUCAUCAUGCAAUACAUUAA